AUGAAUGUGCUUGAUGAUCCCCCGCGCACAGCAGUUAGGCGAAAUGGCUGGACUUAUGUCAAUCAACAUGUGCAGCGGUUUGACACACUUCCACCUUUGGCACAGACGGACGGCAACACCGAUGAUGAAGCCGCUACUAACAAUAACAAUCCUGAGGGAGCUACAGGCCUACGGACCUCUAUUCUUGAAGCCUCUGAGCGAUUGAAGCUCCCACCAGGGUCCAGGAGGAAGAAGCGAAAGUCUCCUUCAGAGCCAUCAGUUCGUCGUCCCAAGAGACCGCGUGUUGGCGAAACACAAGGUCAAGCUACACAAGAUUUGAGCAGUGAACAAGAUGUUUCUGUGGUCCAGGAAAUCGAUGCGCCCCGCGAUCCUUCAGCUGCUCUGCCAGUCAAAGUAGUCGUUACCGAUUGGUCUUGGCUAAAAGAGCCACCUCCUACCUGGUGUGUGAAUCUUGACCAAGUUCCUGGCAUGAUCAAAGAUUCCUUGAUUUGGCAAUUGAAAUCUAGAAAGAGACUUCCAUUAGACUCACCCUUCCGAAAGGAUCCCUUCUUCAUGCCCAGAUUCUCAUUCGCACCCGAGAUUGGAAAUGAGGCUAUGAACGACCUCACCCAUCCAGCACCUCCCUCCACUAAUGUGAGCCCAUCGCCUUUUCGAGGCCCCUACCUCGAUAGUUCUGACGCCGAUGCCCGUUCAGAAUUCCUUCUAACUGGAGCAAGUCUUGUGGAACGAUACACUUCAAAAUCGACGUGGGACGGGGCGAAAGAUCUCGAGCUCCUGACAAAGCAGAGAUACCUGAAGUCUAAAGCAAAGUACCAACAUACGGACUCCUCGAAAAGAAUGCUACUGGCAGACAAGGGUCGUGGUGAAUUCCCAUUCGCCGCCUAUCUGCGUACACGCCAUAGCAUCCCAACAUGCUUCCGAAUUCCGCUGCCCAAGACGAUUUUAGUCAGCCACGAUGCACGAGCGGACAUGAUUUUCGAAAUCUUUGGAAUUGUUCGCGAACCACAGGGACACUGGGGUCCAGCCUCUCCACCCGCCUUCAUCGAGAUCGCUGAUCUAUUCUUCCCUCAGUACCCUGAAUCCCUCAGAGUGGUCCCCAGCAACUUUUGCCGUGCUGAAUCCCCUUUGGACAUUAGUACGCUAAGACAAAUGGCAGAAUGCGAAUUACUUUUGAGUAAAGAACACCACAACAAGAACAUCAUCAGAGCCAUCGUCCGUGCCAUCCCGAAGGCCUCUAUUCAGCCAACCGACAAUCAGCGUUCGGAUCAGAAGGACCCAACGACCGGGGGCUGGCCGCCUCCGCCUCACGAAGUCGGGAGAUACGACAUGAUGGCUUAUCAGACCUUCCGCAUCCCACCGAGGGUAAUUGUGCCUUUCUCUAGAUAUGUGCUUGACAGAGAUAUUUCCGAUCGUGGAGAUGAUUGGGCUUCCCCUUUCGGAUGA